GUCGAGCAUUUGCCCACUCACCAAUAAUUAAGGCCCUUGUCACGUUCUUGUUGUGGCAAACAACCAAAAAUGGUGUCCCUGGGCCUUGAGACGGUGCUGGCGGGCACGCCCUCCAACAUCUGCAAGACCAAGGUGGUUUGCACGCUGGGCCCUAAGUCCCGCAGUGUGGAGGUGCUGGAGGAGCUGCUGCGCGCUGGAAUGAGCGUGGCGCGCUUCAACUUCUCUCACGGCUCGCACGACUAUCACCAGGAGACCCUUGACAACCUUCGCCAGGCGAUGGCCAACACCAAGGUCAUGUGCGCGGCGAUGCUGGACACCAAGGGUCCUGAGAUCCGCACUGGCACGCUGAAGGACGGCAAGCCGGUGCAGCUGACCGCGGGCCAGGAGGUGACCAUUACCACCGACUACGCGCUGCCCGGUGACGAGAAGACGAUUGCCAUGAGCUACAAGAAGCUGGCCCAGGACGUGAAGCCCGGCUCCCAGAUCCUGUGCGCGGACGGCAGCAUUGUGCUGGAGGUGGUGUCCACCGACCCCGCCGCCGGCACUGUGCGCGCCCGCUGCAUGAACAGCGCCAUGCUGGGCGAGCGCAAGAACGUGAACCUGCCGGGUGUGGUUGUGGACCUGCCCACGCUGACGGACAAGGACGUGGACGACCUUAUCAACUGGGCCCUGCCCAACGACAUCGACUUCAUCGCCGCCUCCUUUGUGCGCAAGGGCUCGGACAUCGACACCAUCCGUCAGGUGCUGGGCGAGCGCGGCAGGUCCAUCAAGAUCAUCUCCAAGGUGGAGAACCAGGAGGGCAUCCAGAACUUCGAUGACAUCCUGGCCAAGACCGACUCCGUCAUGGUGGCGCGCGGUGACCUGGGCAUGGAGAUCCCCACCGAGAAGAUCUUCCUGGCGCAGAAGAUGAUGAUCCAGAAGUGCAACUACGCCGGCAAGCCAGUCAUCACCGCCACGCAGAUGCUCGAGUCCAUGAUCAAGAACCCGCGCCCCACGCGUGCCGAGGCCACGGACGUGGCCAACGCCGUGCUGGACGGCACCGACUGCGUCAUGCUUUCGGGCGAGACCGCCGCCGGCAACUUCCCGGUGGAGGCCGUGAAGGUGAUGACCAAGAUCUGCCGCGAGGCUGAGGCCUCCCUGGACUACUACGCCAUGUUCAAGAACAUCCUUAAGCAGGCGCCCAUGCCCAUGAGCCCGCUGGAGUCGCUGGCGUCGUCCGCCGUGCGCACCGCGCACAAGGUGCACGCCAGCCUGAUUGUGGUGCUCACGCGCGAGGGCUCCACCGCCCGCCUGGUGGCCAAGUACCGCCCGCUGGUGCCCGUGCUCACCGUGGCCGUGCCCGUGCUCACCACCGACUCGCUCACCUGGACCUGCAGCGGCGAGGCGCCGGCGCGCCAGUGCCUGGUCACCCGCGGCCUGAUCCCCGUGCUGGCGGAGGGCAGCGCGCGUGCCACGGACUCGGACACGACCGAUGAGAUCCUGGCCGCCGCCAUCGAGCACGCCAAGCGCGCGCGCUACUGCGCCAAGGGCGACUCCAUCGUGGCCCUGCACCGCAUCGGGAACGCGUCCGUCAUCAAGAUCGUGGACAUCAAGUAAAGCGGACACGCACGCAUCUGCAUGACGUGUGUGGGUUGCUGCGUGUUUGGUGCGGAGCGUGGCGGCGGCGGCGGUAGCGGCGGCUGAAGGCGGCGGCUGGCGUGCUGAGUCCUGGAGGCGCGUCGCUGCUGUCGUCCUGCUUUUGGCGGCGGCGUCACGUUGCGGUCAGCGGGGGCGCUCCAGGCGAGGAGCGGUGCCUUGGUGAGCCAAGCCAACCCAUAUGAAGCGCCGGCUUGGCGGGGGAGGCGCCGGGGCGCCGCCCAGCCAACGUACAGGACUGAGUCUGCAGUGCAGCAGGAGAGGUCGGGCAGACGGGGGUUGCACCAGCCGUGCUGACCCCGCAUGUACAAAACUGUUCCUUCGUGUCUGUGUGUUAGUGAAUGGGUGAUGGGUGGGUUGUGUGGGGGAUGAUUGGCUAACGUCAGUCGCACAGGUGAACUGCGAGAAGAUGGAGCUUGAUAACAAAUCGGACAAUCGAGCCUAUCCGGCGCGCCGAUUCCGGGCUGUCGGUGUGGGCAAGUGCGUUGACAUUGGUGUUGGAAGCAGAGCUGACGCGUGUGUCACAGGCCGUUGGUUUGCUGUGCCGGGUCUGAUAACACUGCUCUAGCUGCGAUGGUGGUCGCACAGGCACAAGGAUAGGGGCUGCACGGUGGGCCGCAUGAGCGCGGCAGGUCCGCGGGAAACCCGGAAAGAAACAAGGGUACGUACAUGCUGUCUUCGAAGGCGCCAGGGAAUGUCGAAGAAUGAUGGAUUGGCAGAUGUCAAGGCUGGCCAGGGCCUUGCAGGUUUAAACACUCGCGCGUCACAUAGCCGUGUGCACGAUUUGCGCGUUCGGCGGUGUGUUUGCUGCGAAGUGGGGAGUUGCAUGGAAGAGCGCGUGCACCGCAGAUAGGCACUCGAGCAGGGCCAGGCUGAGCUAGGCAGGACGAAUGGAGGUACGCGAAUCGUUACAACUCGCCUCCGAGUUUGAGGUAUGUGAUACGGUGGGCACUGGGCAGUCAGGUGGGCCCCCGGACAACUUGUGGCGCUACGGCCCAGCCGGCACUAGGCACACCGAUGGGCCCCCUGCCCCCUGUCAGGAACGGCUGCCCCUCCUCCAACUCCUUGGCUCCCGAACGACCAUAAUCACCUGUCGCUGUUGCUUCCAAGGCUUGAUCUAGCCUCGCUGCUUUGAGUGUACGUGCAUACUUCUGUGCACAAUGUUUGCUAGGGGAAUCCGGAUACCCGGGCGGCCGUGCCGAUCCUUUCGGCCGCGCCCGGGUCGUGGCGUGUCAGCGUGUAAAAGCUCGGGGAC